CAUAAACAAGAUCGACAGCCGGCAUCAGGCAGUAAACUUUGAUUUUUGCCAAUAUCGGACGAUUUUGCCCCUGAUUUUCGACCGUCUGUGACCGCAUCAGCACAAAAUCCUUUUUCAUUUUCAUUAAAGUAGAAUUUAAGCUGCUCAAAUCGCGUCAACUCAUCACUUUGGUCGAUUCUGUCGAGUCGGAACAACACUUCUUUUUUGGCCCUUGGCGAUUUUCCUUCAAGGUUUCGGUGAAGAAUGCUGACCGAAAUGGAGCGGAUGAACCACUUGAACGUGUCCAUGAACACGUCCGUCCAGCAGAAGGUGCCGCCGUCGGCGUCUCGCCUGUGGAAGAAAAUCGGCCACUCGUCCGGCAAGAAAGUCAACAAGGUGCGAUUCGUGCCGUCCAAGACCAGGCACGACAACGACGUUGGUUUGUUCGUCACGGCAACUUACCAAGAAGACGAAAAUGAGUUGUCCCUGUGGACUGUCGACCCCAUGGCAAGGUUCGAGCAGAAUGAGCAGGGCUGUGUCCAGAAAAUCAGUCCGACUGGCACGCUCAAGUGCAAAUUUGACUGCAUGGACUUGAAGGUCAGUGACGGGGGUCGAGUGUUCGUGUGCUGGAAAAACGGCUCCUUCGGAAUGUACACAAUGUACCCUUCUCUGGAGCUCAACUACACCUGGGAAAACUUGCACCAAAUUCCGAGGCAAAUUUUCUGCGCUUGCCGAGGCGUGGAUUUCAUGGGCGAGGACGUGGUGACCAUCGGCGACGAUGGCAAGUUGAUUUUGCUCAACAGCUACAGUGCCCACCAGCAACCAGUCAGAAUUAUUGAGGCGAGCAGUGGUGCGCUGAGCAGCGUGUGCUUCAUCAAGCACAACGAGGUUCUUUGCGGAAACUCGAGAGGCCAAAUCUCGUGCUGGGACCUUCGGAAACCGGCAGCCCAGCCUGGCAACACCCUCUGCCUCUCAAGAUUGAGGGGUGAAAAGACAGUUCAUCCCGUGGCGAACAGUCUGGCCAAGCACCCGACUCGAACUCACCUUCUCCUGAGUGGAGGCAGCGACGGGUGCGUCUCUCUCUGGGAUUUGAGGAACACAAAGUUCCCUGUCGAGUUCAACCAAAUCCAUUCCGGCCCAGUUCUGGAAGCGCAUUUCCACCCCGAGAUGCAGGAGCACAUUGCGAGCUGCUCCGCAAGUGGAGAGGCCUUUCUGUGGGACUGCUCCCUGCCUUUGAAUCCGUUGGCUCUGAACUCGAGUAGUGUUCUAGAACAAGAUGCGUGGAGUUCUGUUGGAAGGGCCUACGCGCCUCAGGUCUCAAACCUGAUGCCCAAAAUUCCGGCCAUGGCCGUCACAUCCUUGGCCCUGAGCCACAACAUGAUCGUCUGCAGCAAAGACCCUGGAUUCGUUUCUGUUUUCAAGAAGUCCUUCAAGUGAAGCGCAAGUAGGACACAAUUUGACAUGUGGAAGGAAACCACAAAAUUUUAUUUUGACCAUAAAUAAACAAGCCAACUUUGUGAGUGAAAAUACUCAUCGUUUUCACUACAAAAACUGAACUUUGCUCUCUCAGUAUGGUGCUUUUAAAUUAUUGUAAAUAGAUAGCUUUCUCAUUCAAUUAUACAAUUUCUUCGGCGACUGAAAACCCUUUUUUUUUGUAAUUUGCGUUUGAUUAACAAAUUGAUCAAUUAACAUUAGGACCGUUAAAACAUUAAUUCAAAAGUUAGUCCGACAAAAUCAAAGCAGCACUGAGACUGGGAGUUUCAAAAAUGCAUAUAAUAUUCAUUUUUGCAGGAUUAAUUUAGUUUUAAGCAACGCUUUCCAAAGUGGAAAUCAAUUCACACAAUGGAAACAAGGGUUGAUUGUGUUCU